AUGGCAUCCAAAGAAAUUAUACGAUUUUGUUCCGUUAGGAAUACUGAACUGAGCUCUGGUUAUACUGAAAACUCAAAAGUGAAUGAAAGCUUGUUGCUUAUGAAGUUCUACCCCUUGUCAGAUAGGGUGGUAAAACAUUUGCUCUCUGAUAAAGAACAACUUGAUCUACCCAUGCAAGUUAGUGAUGAACAGAUGGAGAUUAUUUUAUUUUCCAAAAGUUCUUUCAUAAUUGGGCGUUCAGGAACCGGAAAAACCACUAUAUUGACUAUGAAGUUGUUCCAAAAUGAACAGUCUUUUUAUGUUGCUUCUGAAGCGAUUUAUGAAGGGGAGAGGAAUAGUAUCAGUGAUUCAAAAGAUGAUGAUUUUGAACACAGGAGACCAAGUGUCCUCCGUCAACUUUUUGUGACUGUCAGCCCAAAUUUGUGUCAUGUUGUGAAGAAACAUGUUUCCCACCUUACGAGCUUUGCUGUGUUUGACGGUAUUUCAUGUAAUGGGAAUACAUCAUUAGAAGUCAAUGUUGAUGAUCCAGACAUGAUAUCAGAUUUCAGCGAUAUUCCAGACACAUUUAUUAACAUUCCAGUGAAAAAUUAUCCUCUUUUUAUAACAUUUCAUAAGUUUCUUAUGAUGUUGAAUGGCACAUUGGGGAAUUCUUUCUUCGAAAGGUUUCCAAAGGCAAGAGAAGCUUCUUAUGGUAACCAUACUACUUCAAGAUCUGUUGCAUUGCAAACUUUUUUAAGAUUAAGGGAGGUUACAUAUGACCGAUUUUGUGCACUUUACUGGCCUCACUUCAACUCAAGUCUAACAAAGAAACUUGAUCCCUCCAGAGUGUUCACAGAAAUUAUAUCACACAUAAAAGGAGGCCUGCAUGCAGGGGGGUGCAAUGACGAAAUACUAAGUUGUGAGGGUUACUGUUUAUUGGCUGAAAGUCGUUCGUCCACUCUAACAAAACAGAAAAGAGAAACUAUCUACUGCCUCUUUCAAGCAUAUGAGAAGAUGAAAAUUGAGCGAGGUGAAUUCGAUUUGGGUGAUUUAGUGAUUGACCUCCAUCAUAGACUAAAAAAUGGAAGCUAUGAGGGUGACAUUAUUGAUUUUGUGUAUAUUGAUGAAGUGCAAGAUCUUAGUAUGAGACAGAUUUCUCUUUUCAAGUAUAUAUGCCACAAUGUCGAGGAGGGCUUUAUAUUUGCGGGUGACACUGCACAAACCAUCGCCAGAGGGAUUGAUUUUAGAUUUCAGGAUAUAAAAUCUGUGUUCUAUAAAGAGUUUUUAACUACCAGAAUAACUGAAAAACAAGAGAAAGGUCUUGUAUCCGAGGUUUUCCAACUAAAACAUGCCGGUGUCCUUCAGUUAGCCCAGAGUGUCAUUGACAUUCUUUACUGUUACUUUGAACACUCGAUUGAUAUUUUGGAGCCUGAGACUAGUCUUAUUUCUGGUGAAGCUCCUGUUUUGCUCGAGUCUAGGAUUAACGAAAAUGCAAUUGUGACUAUCUUUGGGGGUAGUGGAAGUGGUGGAGAAAUAGUCGGCUUUGGGGCGGAUCAAGUGAUAUUGGUGCGUGAUGAUUGUGCUAAGACUGAGAUCUCAGAAUAUGUUGGAAAGCAUGCACUUGUACUCACCAUACUCGAGUGUAAAGGCCUUGAGUUUCAGGAUGUAUUAUUGUACAACUUUUUUGGGACAUCCCCAUUGAAAGACCAAUGGAGAGUAAUAUAUGACUAUAUGAAGAAGUGGGAUUGGCUCGAUGAGAAUCUUCCUCAGUCUUUCCCAAAAUUCAGCGAGGCAAGGCAUAGUGUUUUGUGCUCUGAAUUGAAACAGUUAUACGUGGCUAUAACUCGAACGAGGCAAAGACUAUGGAUAUGUGAGAAUAAAGAGGAGCUCUCCAAGCCAAUAUCUGAUUAUUGGAAAAGGAGGGGACUCGUUCAAGUAAGAAAACCAGAUGACUCAAUGGCACAGGCUAUGCGAGUGUCAAGCAACCCUCAAGAGUGGCGGGAGCGUGGUAAAAAGCUUUUUUAUGAGAACAACUUUGUGAUGGGAACAAUGUGCUUUGAAAGAGCUGGUGACAUAAUGUGGGAGAAAUUGGCAAAGGCUUCUGGUCUCAGAGCAUCUGCUGAUCAAAUGAGGGGAAAGAAUCCCGAAACUUAUUUGGGCUAUCUUAGAGAAGCAGCGGAAUUGUUUGAGUCGAUUGGGAAAUUCAAGUCUGCCGCUUUAUGUUAUUGUGAUUUGGAGGAGUAUAAAAGAGCUGAGAAAACGUUCUUAUAUAAUUGCGGAAAAAUUAAUACAGCAGCCGAGUGUUUCACACUAGCAGGAUGCUAUAGCGAUGCAGCUGAAUUGUAUGCCAAAGUAGAUCAGGUCUCCAAUUGUCUGUCAGUUUGCAAAAAAGGGAAACUUUAUGAUAAGGGGUUGCAGUAUAUAGAGUACUGGAAAGAGCACUUAAACGUCAGAAAUAAAGAAAUAGAUCAAACUGAGCAAAGGUUUUUGGAGAGUUGUGCUCUUGACUCCUACGAAAAUAAAGAUCUCAAAUCCAUGGUAAAAUUUGUCAGAGCCUUUUGUCCUAUGGAGUCUAAACGUGUAUUCUUGAGAUCUUUAGGCUGCCUUGAUGAACUUUUAAUGUUAGAAGAAGAAUCAGGCCAUUUUUUUGAUGCUGUUGAGCUAGCCAGGUCAUUGGGUUAUGUUCAAAAAGAGGCCGAUCUUUUGGAGAAUGCUGGAUAUUAUAGGGAGGCUGCAGUUCUCUUACUUUGGUAUGUGGCUUUUAGCUCGUUAUGGGGAAAUGGAGGUAGAGGUUGGCCAUUGAAGCAGUUUAGUAAGAAGGAAGACCUUUGUGAGAAAGCAAGGUUGCUUGCAAAAAUGACCUCUGAUAAUUUCUAUGAUUUUGUUUGUAAUGAGCUUAAGGUCCUCUCUGACCAGUACAGUAGUUUGCCCGAGCUCAAGAAAGUUUUGCCCGAGCUCAAGAAAGUUUUACUUACUUCCCAGAAAAAUAAGAGUCUAAGAGGAGAAAUCUUAUCUAUGAGGAAAAUCUUGGAUUCUCAUUUUCGUAUAAAUUUCUCAAAGUACUUUUGGGAGGAUGAAUUACCUUCUGAUAUUACUGAGCAUUGUGAAAGCAAGAUCUCUCUUCGUUGUGUUUCUGUUAGAACUCUAGUUUUUUAUUGGAACUGGUGGAAGGAUAAUGUCAUGAAUAUCUUUCAGAGCAUUGAAUGUCUUGAAAAUGAAGAGCCGAAUAAACAUGAGGAACUUGCUGAUUUUAGUAUAAGUUAUUUUGGAGUGAGGAAACAGUGUGUCAAUGGAAACAUAGUUUACCUGUUAGUGAACAAGGAGGGUGAUUGGAUAACAACCGCGGGUAACAAUGGUCUUCAUAAAGAAGUACUUUUAAAGCUAGAAGGUCUCUGUAAGUCAAAGGCAAAUGGUUCAGAGUUUCAUCAAAGCACCUCUCUCAUUCACAUUUUUGAGGUUUCCAAGUUUCUUUCAGACUGCCAUUGUCUUAACCUCACUUCCCCUGACAAAAAGAAACUGCAAAGUUUCCUUGGAAUCUCUGCACAAUACUUUGAUCUUGUGUUUCCGUUGGACUGGCGAAAAUCAGUCUCUGAGGACAUGUUUUCCUUGAGGGAGACUGAUUUAUCACUCAAAUUGCUUGAUGAGAUUAUUGUUCAAAAUGUGGACAACAAGGGUGACAUCUCCUAUUGGACAAUCGGGAGAGUGAUGAUGUUCCGUCUUUGUUCCAGUAAACGUGUUACACUUUAUGAGAUGAUUAUUAAGGGGCUUCAGUGGGCUCCCAAAUGGCUGUUAGUUGCCGCUACACAGUUCUGCAAUUCUGACUUGGAAAAUUAUGUGUUUAUUUCAUUGCUUCGGGAUGCUUUGAGAGAUACUUUUUGGUCAAACCGGAAGUGUGCUGGCUACAUAUCACCUCACAGCUUUGUGUAUCUUUUGGAUCGUCUGUUUCUACUGGAGUCGUAUUCCAGGGGAUUUCUUUUCACUUCAAGGUCUUCUUUCGCUGAGUGGUUCACACAUCAGUCUACCGAUAAAUUGGUGCUCCUCGAGAUAAAGUUUGAAGCAACUUAUUAUGCUGACAUUGUCCUGCAAAUUCUAAACAACAAAGAGGAUACUGAAUCUUGGAUUCGAAGAUCAAACAUUGAGGUCUCUUAUUACUACCCACUAUUAGUGUUGAAACUGGUAAUGCUGGUUUCUUUAGCUUGUCUGAUAGACUCGGGUUGUUCUAAAGUGUUAUCUAAUUUGCUAUUGGGAAAGAACAAUAUUGCCGGUUCGCUUCCAGAUAAGUUUGUAUACCAUCUUUUAAGCAGAAAGAAGGGUCGCAACUUGCACUUAUGUACAGAUAUGGUUGCAGAAGCGUUUAUGAGCAUAGGGGAUCCUCUCUUGGUUGCGGGUGCAGGAGAACCCGUGAUUGUAACUAAAAGAAAAUUUAAUCCUCAUGGUGCUAUAUUCGUAGACCUUACUAAAUCCAAAGGGGAGAUAAGGAGUGCAUUGUUCUCUAGGAGGGAAGACAGGCCAAGCAUGACCACUGUCUCUUGCGACACUUUGGGACUGUUGCUAAUGUAG